UUGAGAGUACAUAUCAAAAUCAGUUGAAUUUCGUUCUCAUCCUAUUGAAAACAAAAUAUUUCAAUUCGAAUUGACAACUUUUAAAAGUAGAAUAAAGGAAGAUAUUAAGUCUACGUACCGUGUAUAAGAUGAAACUCCAUGCUUGUGGAAGAUUCGAACUCCUAUAUGGCGUGGAAGAAGAUCAUCCCAUUUUACUUUUCAUAUCCAUCAAUCUCAGCUAAAUUAACCUGAUUCAAAUCAGGAAGCUGCGUAGCAAUGAUAUGAAGUAGUAGCAGCCAUAGUUGUAUACACAAUUCAAAGUUCCUUUAGAACAUGCCAAAGAAGAAGGCAACCAAGUCCCUCAAAUGGGCGUCUAAAAUGACCCUUAAAGACAAGUCGUCGAGGGGCCAACCAAAUGGUUUGCCUCAACACUCAAGAAAAACCCACCAAGAUUUCCUCCUUUGAUCUCUGACGGCUAUGGAACGUAUGGUUCUUGAGCUUUUUUAACUCCAAUCUAUAAAACCCAUUUCUCCUUUCUCCUUUAGUUCGUUGAUAUCUCGAAGUUUGAAGCUAUGAAGAACAUGAAGAACACCACAAUUUCUUUCACUUUCAUGGCUGUACUUCUUGUCGGAUUGAGCUGGGAACAGUUUGUUCUUGGCCAGAAUCAGUUUGCCAGCCCUGCAGCACUGCCAUUUAUCUUGUCCAUGGCCAACGCUCAGCUCUCUAAUUUGAGCUCAAUCAUCAACACCGAACUCAGUAGCCACUUCCGUUUUUGCUCCAGAGACACGGAUGUUGAUUGGAACAGAGCGUUUAACUUCUCAUCUAAUCUGGAUUUCUUGUCUUCUUGCCUACAGAAGAUGAAUGGACAGCGCCUGUGUACAGCAGCAGAAGUCAAGUUUUACUUUGACAGUAUCAUCCUUCAGGCUCCCCCAACUGCUUCAACUACUUCCUUCCUCAAACUGAAACUUAAUAAAAAUUGUAAUUUGACAUCUUGGGCUUCUGGUUGUGAGCCAGGAUGGGCAUGCAGUGUCGGUCCAGAUCAGCUCGUCGACCUUACUAAUUCCCAGCAAAUCCCUUCGAGAAUGCAUGAUUGCCAAGCUUGUUGCGAUGGUUUCUUCUGUCCUCAGGGUCUUACAUGCAUGAUUCCAUGCCCUUUAGGAUCCUAUUGUCCCCUUGCCAAGUUGAAUGAAACAACUGGAGUAUGUGAACCAUAUCUUUACCAGCUACCACCUGGGCGGCCCAACCAUACCUGUGGAGGAGCAAACAUGUGGGCUGAUGUUGGUCGUAGUGGAGAGAUUUUCUGUUCAGAUGGAUCAUUUUGUCCAUCAACCACCCAAAAAAUUCCUUGUGAUAAUGGACAUUACUGCAGAAAGGGUUCAACUUCUCAGAAUAGUAAGUGCGAUACCGAAUUCCAUAUCCUUGCACGUUCGAACCUCUAUUUUUUCUCAUCGAUCUAUUCUACCGGACGUAUUGCAGGAUGCUUCAAGCUUACUUCAUGUGAUGCUAACACUGCAAAUCAGAAUAUCCAUGCUUAUGGAGUAAUACUUUUAGUGGGUUUGAGCACUAUGCUACUCAUAAUUUACAAUUUCUCCGACCAAGUUCUUGCUGCUAGAGAAAGGAGACUGGCUAAAUCCAGGGAGGCAGCAGCAAACAGCGCAAAGACAACAGCAAAAGCACAAAAAAGGUGGAAAGCUGCGAAAAAAGCUGCAAUGAAGCAUGCAAGUGGUUUGCAAGUUCAACUAUCACGAAAGUUUUCACGUGUGAAAAGCUUUGAUACAGAACAAUUUAAGAUUUUGGAUCAAUCCAAAUCUGAUAUGGACGAUGAUUUAUCAACGUCAUACUUACAUAUCCCAACCACAUCAUCGGCUUCGUCUGUGCCCAUUGAAGGAAGAACAGAUAGCCAGACUGAUCACAUGGGAAUGAUACAUGAAAUUGAAGAAGACCAUGAUGAUCAUGAAGGCCUUCAUAAUGAAACUAGAAAUGAAAAGGGUAUUAAAAAACAUGUGCCAAAGGGAAAGCAUUCAAGUACUCACAGCCAGAUGUUUCAGCAUGCUUACGUGCAACUCGAGAAAGAAAAGGUUCAGCAGCAAGAGAAUCAAAAUCUUACUUUCUCAAGUGUAAUUAAAAUGGCAACUAAUCCAGAGAAUAAAAGGCGCCCUCCUAUUGAAGUUUCAUUUAAAGACCUAAACCUUACUUUGAAAACAAAAAACAAGCACCUUUUGAGAUGUGUCACUGGAAACAUCAAGCCUGGCCGGAUUACUGCUGUCAUGGGUCCAUCUGGGGCCGGAAAAACAACGUUUCUUUCUGCUUUGGCAGGAAAAGCAAUUGGAUGUAAGACUACAGGUUCCAUUCUAAUAAAUGGAAGGAAUGAAUCAAUUCUGUCAUAUAAAAGAAUUAUGGGUUUUGUACCUCAAGAUGAUAUUGUACAUGGGAACUUGACAGUGGAAGAGAAUCUAUGGUUCAGUGCAAACUGCAGGCUUUCUGUGGAGUUAUCCAAAGCAGAUAAGGUUCUAAUUGUUGAAAGAGUUAUCGAGUUCUUGGGGCUCCAGACUGUGAGAAACUCCUUGGUCGGGACAGUGGAAAAGCGAGGAAUCUCUGGAGGACAAAGGAAGAGGGUGAAUGUCGGGUUAGAAAUGGUGAUAGAGCCUUCGAUUUUGCUGUUAGAUGAGCCAACAUCUGGUUUGGACAGUUCUUCUUCCCAACUGCUUCUUAGAGCACUCAGGAGAGAAGCUCUUGAAGGUGUGACCAUCUCCAUGGUGGUUCAUCAACCAAGCUACACCUUAUACAAAAUGUUCGACGAUUUGGUUCUUCUUGCAAAAGGUGGUUUUACUGUUUAUCAUGGACCAGCAAGGAGAGUUGAAGAAUACUUUGCUGGCCUUGGAAUCCAUGUCCUGGAGCGUGUUAACCCUCCAGAUCACUUCAUUGAUAUUUUGGAGGGUAUAGUGAAACCAAAUGCAGAUAUUAGCUAUGAAGAGCUUCCUGUUAGAUGGUUGCUUCAUAAUGGUUACCCAGUACCAGCAGAUUUGCAGCAGAUCUCAGCCAGACACACUACAAGCAUGGCAGAUGUGGAGCGAACUAAUGGAACGAGCAACCGUGUUCUUGUCGAGCCACAACCUUCUUUAGCUGGGGAAUUAUGGCAGGGCAUGAGAAGUAAAGUUGAGGAACAUCAUGACAAGUUAAGAAUGCUUUUGAAGACCAAAGAUUUGUCCCAUAGAAGAACUCCAGGCAUACUUAAGCAGUACAAAUACUUUCUUGGGAGAAUCGGUAAGCAGCGAUUACGGGACUCGAGAAUACAAGUUAUAGAUUAUUUGACCUUACUUCUUGCUGGUGCCUGCCUUGGACCGAUUUCUGAUUUGAGCAACCAGUCAUUUGGUGUUUAUGGUUAUCCUUUCACCAUUAUUGCAGUUUCUCUUCUAGGAAAAAUUGCGGCUUUGAGAACAUUUUCUUUGGAUAAGUUGGAGUAUUGGAGAGAGAGUUCUUCGGGCAUGAGCAGUUUGGCUUAUUUUCUUGCGAAGGACACGGUUGACCAUUUUAAUACCGUGAUAAAGCCGCUGGUGUAUCUAUCUAUGUUCUAUGCCUUCGCAAACCCGAGAUCUUCCUUUACAGAUCAUUAUGUUGUUUUACUCUGCCUUCUGUACUGUGUCACGGGCAUGGCUUAUUCUUUGGCUAUCCUCCUUCAGCCUGGUGCAGCCCAACUGUGGUCAGCCAUUUUUCCUGUUGUCUUAACCCUCUUCAUAACAAGGCCUCAAACUAGUUCAGCAAUGAAGACUCUGUCUAAUCUUUGUUACCCCAAAUGGGCUCUGGAAGCAUUAGUGACUGCAAAUGCGGAAAGGUACGACGGAGUGUGGCUGAUAACUCGCUGUGGAGUUCUGAAUGGGAGUGGAUUUGACAUCCAUGACUGGGGCCAAUGCCUACUCCUCCUAAUGGUCACAGGUGUGAUUUUCCGGAUACUUUCAUAUGUUUGUUUGUUGAUCGUUCGAAGAAAGUGAUACCUUGACCGCGAGACUCAAUCCCCUCUGCCAUUUUCUUCAAGUAGUAAGCAACCUAGAGCAACAAUACUCCAUUUUCAGGCACCUUUCA